GGAAAGAGACGGAACACUACAGUUGAGUGCAAAGCCACUUGUGGAUCGGUGACCGAAGGAAAGGGCACAGAAAAUGAAGGCGCUGGGAUGGUGGCUGAUGCUGGUAGGCACGCUUCGCUUAGCCUCCGUUUGGUUUGGUUUCUUCGACAUUUGGGCUCUUCGACUCGCCGUCUUCUCUAACACUGCCAUGACUGAAGUUCAUGGGCGCACCUUUGGAAUUUGGACACUAUUGACCUGCACUCUUUGCUAUCUUUGUGCAUUCAACCUCGAAAAUAAACCUAUUUAUCUGGCUACUUUCUUGUCAUUCAUCUAUGCAUUUGGUCAUUUCUUGACUGAAUACAUGAUUUAUCAUACGAUGGCAAUUUCCAACCUGACUACUGUUGGCAUCUUUGCUGGAACAUCUAUAGUAUGGAUGCUACUGCAGUGGAAUCGAAGCUCUCCUAAACAGGAUUAGCAAGUAACAUCCUCUCUAUCUUUUUUGGGACAGCAGAAGAUUUUGGUAGAGCAUAUAUUCUUGUUUAUGUUUUAUGUACGUGACUUGUGAUCUCAGUAAGCUUCCAAAGUUUUGCAGCUAGAACGUUUAAAAGAUAUUCCAGGUAGGACAAUGUCAGAAACAAGAAACGCGGCUCUCAAAUCUCAAUCACCUAUCGUUGCGUGUGAUUUUACGUAUUAGGCUUUUCUUGUUCUCCAUCCAUGUUCUGUUGCCAAAUAGUAGCUGUCUUAUCAACAUAUUGACCCUGAUUUACAUGACGGAUGAGUUCAUUAAUAUUGUGUUGCUGCUGUCUUUAUUAUUUUAAAACCAGAGAAAGAUUCAAUGUUCAAGGUUGAGAAAGAAUCUCAUAAUUAUCUAUUGCCUUUGUUUUUUCGGUAACAUUCGAUAUUAUUGAUUAAGUCACGUUUGAGUCCAA